AACUUCUAUGCCAAAAUUUUACUCUUAUCGUUUCUGUUGGCUUCAGAUGCCAGAAGCUGGCGAAAAAAGUGAAUUUGAGCCUGAAUGGGCCGAUGAGGAGGAAGAACGUUCCGAUCGAAAGCCGACUGCGAGUACAUUUGGCGCGAGGAAGGAUCCACAUUGGUGGGAUAUUUCUACAUUCAGUAAGGAAGACAAUCCAACCGGAUUAGUUGCCGAAUCUUCGUUCUCUUGCUUGUUUCCUAAGUAUCGGGAAAAGUAUAUCCGAGAAAGUUGGCCAUUAGUGGAGAAGACCAUGGGCGAGCAUUUUUUGAAAGCCGAUUUAGAUUUAUUGGAAGGAACAAUGACAGUUCGUACUACUCGGAAAACGUGGGAUCCAUAUAUUCUGAUCAAAGCGCGUGACGUCUUGAAAUUGAUGUCACGUAGUGUUCCAUACGAGCAAGCAAUCCGGGUGUUAGACGACGAAGUUUUCUGUGAAAUUAUCAAGAUCUCAUCUAUGUGUCCAAAUAAGGAACGAUUUAUAAAACGACGAGCUCGCCUUGUUGGUAACAAUGGCGCUACUCUCAAAGCUAUGGAACUCCUCACUCAGUGUUAUGUGUGCAUACAAGGCGGAACUGUCUGUGCCGUUGGUCCACUGGCUGGUUUGAAACAAGUCAGCGGUAUUGUCACAGAUUGUAUGAACAACAUCCAUCCCAUAUAUAAUAUCAAAACGCUUAUGAUAAAACGCGAGCUGAUGAAAAAUGAUAAGCUCAAAGAUGAAAAUUGGGAGAGGUUUCUGCCAAAGUUCAAGAAGAAGGUGCAAUCAUCAGUCACUGCAAAUGAAGCUAAGAAAAAGAGGAAGAAGGCAUGGAAGAAGAAGGGUGAAUACACACCAUUCCCACCAGCUCCAACUCUUAGCAAGAUUGAUAAGCAACUCGAAAGCGGAGAAUACUUCAUGACUGAAAGAGAGCGUUUACUAAAUAAAAAGAGGAAGAAGGUAGAGGCAGCCGCAAUAAAAUCGGAAGAUCGUAAAAAGGAAAAGUUGAAGAAAUUCCAGCCACCUGCUGAAAAACCAAGAGAGAAGCAAACGAAGAAACGAGAAGCAGGAGAAUUAGACCUCGAAAAGAUUAAGAAAAAAGUCAAAGAACUUGCAAAAUGACACUUUUCUUUAUAUCCUUGUUAUGUUUUGUAUAGUCUGUCCUUGUUGGCAUUUUGUUGUCGUUACGAUAUUGAUAGAGUGUUUGAAUUGUUAAGAUAUACC